GAAGCUUGUUUCCUAUUACUAUUUGAAUCAAAUAAAGAGCUUCCCCCUUUUUCUUCGUCUUCCAAUGAGUGUCCUCCUUCCUUUUAUAUAUAUAUACACAUAUGCCCCCCCAUUUUCUACUUGCUGCUCUUACUGUCACUGCCCUUACUCUCCCGCCAAAAUUCCCUCCUCUUCUCUCAUCUCCCUUCUUCUUCCCUUUCCUCCCUCUCUCUUUCUCGUCACAGUUUCAUCGCAUCUAAACCUUCUCUCACUCGCUUCACGCAGCAUAAGCCCCUCUCCUUUUAUCCUGAUUCCUCCCUCUCCCUUUUUGUUCUUCCCUUCUCCCACUGCCUCUCCACAAUUCUGUCUCUUUUUCCUUUUGAUGCUGCCAACCUCCCCCAUCAUCACUCCUCACACUUCCAACUUCUUCACUCCCUCCUCCCUCGGACAGCCUUAGCCUCUCAGAACCAAACUGUCUUCUCCCCUCUUCGUCAUCAUGUCCCUGCCCUCCGGCCUUCAUCCUCGCCCCGAAACAUGCCGAGUCCCGGUGAGAAAGAGAACCGAUCACAGGCUCCUCAGGAUCAUACUCACUGAUCACGACGCCACUGAUUCUGACUCUGACUCUGACUCUGAAUCUUCCGCCGUUGAAACCUCACAACAAUCAUCAAGACUCAGGCGCCGCAUCACACAGAUCACCCUCCGUCUUCCCUCCCCCAAUUCUCCCUCUUCCUCCGCCACCUCUCCCCGCGCUCCUCCCAAAUCAAACCCGACCCGAUUAAGGCGACUCGCCUGUGCCUCUACCUCUCGCCGCCAUAAUAGGUACAGAGGUGUUCGCCAGAGGCCUUGGGGUCGGUGGGCCGCCGAGAUCCGGGACCCGGGCCGAAGAAAACGGGUCUGGCUCGGAACCUUCGACACGGCGGAGGAAGCCGCAUCUGAGUACGACAGGGCAGCACUGAAGCUCAAGGGUCCAAAAGCGGUCACCAACUUCCCUAACACCGUCAGUACGGACGAUUCAAAGACCCCGACGGCCGCCGCGGAUGAAAGUCCCAGCACUGAAGGAGCGGUUUCGUACUCCGAUACGGCGGCGUCGCCCACGUCUGUGCUGCCCUGCGAUGGCGAUUCGACGGCGUUCGACGAUUUCCGCAUCGGCGAUGUGGAUGCGUUCGGGUUCGACAUAGACGUGCCGCUGGGGCUGCCGGACGUGAACGUGAUGUUGUCGAGUCAACCGUUUGGGAAAGAGGACUUCGGUGAGUUUGACUUCGAUGACUUGACGUGGCCCAACUAAAAUCUCGGGGGCAUCUCUCGUCUUUUUGCCAAAAUGCCAGGGACUGUCUCGUAAAUCCGUUCGGCGGCGCGUGAUUAAAAGUUUUGUCUGUGUUGAUUUAAGCGGCGAAGAUUUGAUUCGGGUUUUGGAGGAGUAAUCAGUUUGAUAAUUAAAAGAACUGAAUGAAAU